GCGAAGGAAGGGAAGGAAGGAGAGACAAAAUGUUGAAAUUUUUGUCGAAGGUGAAGAUCGAAUUCAAUGCGCUGGACCCUCGAUUGGCGUCCUGCAUGGAGUUCCUUGCGCAGUGCAACGCACGCAAGGCCAAGGAAUCCAACCCCAGCUGCCAGAUCCAGGUCAAGCGCCGCACCGACGAUUUCCCGCCCCAGAUCACCGUCACCUUCGCCAACGGCGUCGAGGAGACCUUCGACGCCACCUCCACCCCAGCGCAGCACAUCCGCGCCCUCAUCCUCGACAAGGGCCGGGUCCUUGAGACCGAGCAGAUGUUCCGCGAGGCCGGCGAGAAAUGGCCCGUUGUUAUCCCCGAUCACGAGCUUCACCAGCCUUUUACUGGAAUUAAGCCAAAGAAAGCAGAGGACAAACCGCAGCAGUGAAUGUUUGAGGCUGCUUCACUUUCUGGAUCAACCACUUGGAAUUUUUUAAGCUGCAAUUGCUAUGUUGACAUCAUUUUCUAGUUAGAGUGAAAUUCUUGAUUGACAUAUAGAUUAUGGUUGGAUUUGUUACGAUUUUAAAAGUUCAAUGAAAGAAAUUCUCAAAAUCUCCAAGUGACA